AUGGAGAAGGAGUGGUGGAAAGAGGAGCUGGCAGCAGACAUCCAUCACACUCUGAGGAUGAAGGAACUCAAAUUGCCUGUGUACAAGGCUCGUUCACCGCAGAUUGGGAUGCGCCGAUACUUCGUUGAUGUCUUGACUGUGCUCAGCAACCAUUGCAACCUCUGCCCUACAGCCCGGCAUCUCGCUAUCUAUCUACUGGACCUCUUCAUGGAUCGCUAUGAUGUGACUGCCCAGCAACUCUGCAUAAUUUCAUUUUUCUGUCUUCGCCUAGCAAGUAAAUUUGAAGAUAGAGAAGAUAAAGUUCCAAAGUUGGCGCUCUUAAAUAACCUGGCGUACAUGUGCAAAGUGAAUGUGGUAUUAAACAAGCAAGAUUUGCUUGCGAUAGAAUUACUGCUUUUGGAAAUCUUCGACUGGAACCUCUGUAUGCCAACACCAGCACACUACAUUGACUACUACCUCUACAUGUCUAUUGGAGAGAAUGAACUUUACAAUGGCUGGCCCAUCACCUCGCCAACUGAAGCCAAAGACUUUCUGGAGAAAUAUGCAUAUUAUUUCCUUGAUUUCUCAGUGCAAGAUCCCACUUUCCUCCAUUUUCGUCCAUCUCUGAUUGCUGCAGCUUGUGUUUGUGCCGCACGUAUCUGUAUGCAGGUUUCUCCUGUCUGGACAAUGCAUCUUGAAUGGCUAACAUGCUAUUCCUUGGAACAUCUUGCCCCGUGCAUUGAGAUGAUGCUCAUGUAUUAUGAGAAUGACGUCAAUGAAGCCAAUAACGUAAAAAAGCAAGUAACAAUUCAACAUCAAGAACAGGAAGCAGUGGGAAAUCUGAGUUACCAAGCUACUACUCAAGUUCUCUUCCAGCAAUCUAGUUACCACCCUUUAACACAGCAUUCAGCUACGUUUUCCCAGUUCCAGUGGCCAGUACAAGAUCUGUGCUCAGCUUAUCGUGAAUCUUUACAGCAGGCCCACAGGCCCAGUGGUCUGCUUGCUGGGAGCACUGACAGCUCCCUGCACUCCUACACAGCUCUUCAGCCCAGCCUUCAGCCACCUGCCCAGGCUCUGCCCAUCCAGACACCCUUUGCCGUGCAGGUGGCAUUUGGAACAGAGAGCAGACACUGCAUUUCCAUGGUUUGUGGCAGUAGUUACUUCAGUGAUAAUCAUUCAUAUGCAGCUGGGUGUUUUGACUGGUAAAUACUGACAGGAGAAAAAGGUGGUAUGAAUAGAAGCUGAAGAAGAGACUCUGAUAUAAGACGUGAAUCUGAAUUAAAACCAUAGAGAAACAACAUCCUUAUGACUUGCCCAUUCAGACAAUGUUGAUACAAAUACACUGAUGACUGGAACCUGAUGCCUUUCUGCCAAGGCUUGUAGCUUUGGCUUUUAAUGAGAGAGAGAAAUAGAAAUCUGUCAAUAUAUCUCACUCAAUGUCACCUUGAGAGGCAUCUGUGUGGGACUCUGGAGAUUACUUCCUUCUGAUUUUCAGUUAGUGACUCAAUAGAGUUAUCUGAACACUUGUGUUGAAGAGUUAUUUCAGGCUGGACUAUAUGUUGAAUUUAUGGCAAACUAGCAAUGUUAUCUAGAAGCUGUUGUUGGAAAACA